ACCCAGCCUUGUAAACCCUGUCUCUCUGGUGGUCGGACUGGGAAACCUAGGUUUCCAGCUCUGACACUUGUCAGAAUUUUUGUUAUUCAGCUGAGUGCACGUGGACCAGGAAGAGUUUAUGAGGCACUUGUUACCGUAUUUGAAGACGGGAAUGUCCCCAGAGAGAGCGAGGCAUAUAAAAAAGGGGAAGCCGUGGUGCAAUGGAUCAGUCAGUCGCUCGUUGGUACUGGGGACGCAGCUGGGAUGAUGGCCACUUACCUGCUCCUGUCCAGCCUUUGGGCCCUCGCCUCAGGCUCUGUGCAGGUGAUGCACAAAAAGGUGCAGUCGGUCCAGGCAGGCGGAAAUAUUACUUUCUCAUGCCAGUCAGUCAUGGACGAAGACGUAAUACAAGUGACCUGGCAGAAGGAGAUGGAUGGGGCUGAAGACAACAUAGCAACUUACAGUACAAUGAAUGGCCAAAAGAUAGCAAAGGACUACGAAGGCCAUGUGAGCUUUGCCCACAGCAGCCUGCAAGCCUCGGCCAUCUCCCUUCACCGAGUCACCCUGCAAGAUGAAGGAUGCUACAAGUGCAUCUUCAACACCUUUCCCUCGGGAGCUGUCACUGGCAGGAUGUGCCUCAAAGUUUACGCCAUCUCAGACCCUAAAGUGGAAGCCAAACUUAUACCCAGUCCUGACAAAGAUGAAGUCUCUGAGGUAGUGGUGGGGAUGAGCUGCUCAGCAACAGGGAAGCCAGCUCCGAAAAUCACCUGGCAACUUCCCAGCACUCUGCUGCAGAAACCAAAGGAGUACCACAUCAAGCUCAGCAACCAGACCAUCACUGUCAUCAGCAACUUCACCCAUGCCCACUCCAAAAUCCUCAAGGAGUAUCCCAUUGCCUGUGUGGUCCAGCACCCAUCUCUAAAUGUGACCCUGUCCCUGCCCAUGGACAAUCUGACACAAGGUCAGGACAGUAUCAAUGCACCAACCGUGGCCGUUGCUGUGGGGGUGCUGGUCCCUCUGAUGUUCCUUCUCCUCUUCGUGUUGCUCCUUUGCUACUGCCUGAGACACCUUCGUGAUCCAGAGAGAAACACAGCCUGGCCUUGCUGGGUCCUUGCUGUAUGUGCCAAGGAGAGAGCUUGUGGACAGUACAUGCUUACUGGCAAGCAGGCUACCGCUGCAGUGCCCAACACAUGAGCUCCUGCAUGCCCUACAUGUGGACAUCUUGGACUGUCAUGCAGACCUGCUGUGAUAUCACACCAAAGGAAACAGAGGGGGAAAAAAAGAACAUUCCAUAAUACAUAUUUAUUUUCUUAAACAACUUCAUUCCGUUUUGUAGAAGAAAAGCUGUGAAUUAUUUAUUUAAGACUCUAAGACUGUUGGCUGCGUGGGUCUGUAAUGCAACUUGUGGUUGGCAUUUUCUAUGCUGUAUUUAUUCUUUUCCCAUAUUUCAACAUCCCAGGUCCAAGCGGAGUGAGGGUUUUCUGAGGCAGUGUGGUAUUUUGUGGAACAGUGAUUUAGGAGGUGCUGCUCUGGGUAGAGGGAAGCAGCAAGUGUGUGGAACUGCUGACAUUACUGAGAGCUGCCAGGAACCUUCUCCCCAGCAGGCAUGGGAGAUGGAGCAUGUCUGCAGCUGGAUCAGACUUGUAACCCUGGCGGCAGGCUCCAAGCCAUCAGAUACCAGGAAGUUACCACCCUUUCCUAGAAAGUUAUUUAAAGGCAAAGAGAAGUUUACUUCUCCUUCAAUGGUUUCCACGGCCAUUUCCUUAGCCUUACAUAGUUGCCUCCUGUUUCCACAUAAUCACACCUGCCUGGGGGGAAGAGGUGGGGGAAUUUAAGGAGUGUUCGGAAGGUAUUAGGCGGAGCAGUCCUCCCUUUACUCCUGUCCUCUUGGCUCCAUGCAGCAAGUGUAUGCUAUCUGGUUUUCCCUUGCACAUCUACUUCAUGCGUACUUCCCGGAUGAAGCAGGUUGUGUGGAGGCCGAGAAGCUGAGUCAAGUGAAAUGAAAAAGAGUGGGUGAGCUGAGAAUGAACAAACCCACUUCUUGUCAUAAAAAGCUUUUAUAGAAUCCCUAAUGCUUAGUAAUAGCUGAUCUGAUGAUUGCAAGGAAAGGGGAACCAGUUACAGACCAGCAGCUCUUGCAAUUGGGAAUUUUUCUCUUGAACCCCGUAACUGUCAAAGGAGGAAACCUGAUUUUUUUCAAAUUUCCCCACAGCUGCAAUUUAAGUUUCCUCCACACCUGCAUGGGAAGGGGCAAGGGAGUGAAGCAGUCCUUCCCCAGGAGUAUUUUGAAUCCAAUGGGUUGCAGGCAAAGGAGGACUGCUCCAGGGUUCUUAGCUGUGUCGUGUCAGAUCUCUUUGCUCAGUGGGGUCCACACUUGGCCUUCAGGUGUUUUUUUCUAAGAAUUGUCAAGAUUGUUUUUAAGAGAGGAUACUACAAAUAUUUGGACUACUGGGCUUUUAAAAAAUUAUUAUUUUUAAUAAAGGGAAAGGUCUGUUGCAGAAAUGGACAUGGGAAUAAAAAAAAAUUUUCAGAAGGAUGACGAAAAGGCACAAAGCUAACAAGAAACCCUUAUUAAGCCUAUGGAGAUUGUAGAAAUACGUUUUUGUAUUUUACAAGUUGAUCUAGAAUGGGAAAAAACAGAGUUUGAAGUAAAGAAAAGGCCUGCUUAUGUGUGUUUCUGACUUUCUGCUCUUUAGCUGAAUGUUGAAUUGUGUAGGGCUUGUAUUUAUGAAUUGUAUGUUUCUGCUUACUGGUGCAACAGAACUAGAGGCUGAAUGAAAAGGGAGGACAUGGAAGCAUGAUACUGUGCAAAAAAAAGCAUGUUGUUCAUCUAUUUGUUUUUUACAGCAUUGGGAUGAGAACAGCAAAAUGAUGUCCAAAGGUAGAACAUUUAAAACCAGUACACGUAUUUGCCUUCAUAAUAUACAAAUCCAUCAGCUGAAACACAGCACCAUAAAAUACUGUAUAUUACUGCUGUUGUGUUUGGCUUCAUGUAGCAAAGAGCUAAAUGCAGGCAUCCGGGCUAUGUACAAUGUCAGAUGUGGAAAGGAGUAUAAAAUAGAUAGAAACCACCUUUGUGAGAACAAACAAGCAUGUGACUGGGGGGAUGAGGGUUUUACUGUGGGUGAAUAAUAUCCUAACUGUUGUUCUGAGCUUUCUUUAUGAUUACCUUGUGCUUAUGUCGUUUGUCAAGUUAUCUCUGUGAACAAUUUGGCAGUAAAAUUUCAUUACUGCUGGCGGGUUUAUUCAUAUCUUUAGUAUUUCUUUUAAUAAACAGCAUGUAGAGUAUGAAAUGCUGCAAAUUUCCAUUGGUUUAGAGAAACAAAAAUAAAGCUCGUCAGAACUUCAAGCAGAAUAACUGCUCUAUAUUUCUGCUCCAUGAAAGCAAUGUGGAGCAUAUUAGCUUUGAAAGUAACUGAAAACAUAGAGUACAGGAAUGUCCCAGGUUAGUUUUACCACUACCAAAAUUCCCCAAAGCCUAGGUAAAAGUAUGGUUACAGCCUGCAUCCAUACAUUGACCAAAAUUCCCCCUUACUGCUGGGCCUCACGAUGGAUUUGGUUACAGAGGAGAUGACUGAACUGGGGGAAAUGAAGAUAAGGACAAUUCUAACAUAGCUUUGCUGACAGCAUAGGCUGUAACUUAGCCUGAAGCACAUACUCCCUGUAGAACUUUGUCUUGUAUUAUGUUUCCCACAGAGGUUUGGGGUUUUUUUGUGUGUGUUACUAUUUUGUUUUGUUUUCCUCUGCUUUUUGUGAAUUGGACCAUGUGAAUAGGGUUGACUUGUUCUCUGGGACUUUGAUUUUUAGGGAAGGGUGCAAUAGGAUUUUUUAUUCACCUGGAAAAUAUAGUCAAGUGAAACUAGAGAAAAUCCUAUGGCAUAUUGGCGUACUGCUAGUUCAUUGGAAUAUAAAAAUCAUAGUAUCAUUAAGGUUGGAAAAGACCACUAAGAUCAUCUAGUGCAACUGUUGACCAAUCACCACUGUAUGCCCACUACCCAUGUCCCUCAGUGCCACAUCUACACGGUUCUUGAACACCUCCAGGGACUCCCUACCUCCUUGGGCAGCCUAUGCCAAUACCUCACCAUAUCAGGGGUGGGGAGAAAGGGAAAACAGUUAUUGUUCAACUUUUAAACUACAAGAGCCCUGACAAGUGUUUGGUGAUGUAGUGCAAAGCAUGAUGAAUGAGCACAACGUGUUCCGCUAUCACCAUAGUAUAAUGUACACUUAUGUCUAGAUACAGUCCUUGAAUAAGAUAUGAAGCUAUGCUUUUCAAACUUAUUGUAUCUGUGUAU